CACCCACCAUGCCCACCAUGCCCGCGCACGGACACCCCACCGCGCUCGCGCCCGCCGCCGCGCCCACCGUGCGCAUCGUCGAACAGCCCGCCAGCAAGGCACUCAGGUUUCGUUACGAAUGCGAGGGUCGGUCAGCGGGUUCGAUCCCCGGCGUGAACAGCACGAGCGAGCGCAAGACGUACCCCACUAUCGAGAUCUCCGGCUGCAGCGGGAACGCCAUUGUCGUCGUCUCCUGCGUCACCAAGGACCAUCCAUACAAACCGCACCCUCACAACCUGGUGGGUCGUGAGCGGUGCGAGCGCGGCGUGUGCACGGUGAAGGCGGAGCUGAGCGGCGACAGCACGCUGGUCUCCUUCAGCAACCUCGGCAUUCAGUGCGUCAAGCGCAAGGACGUCGACGCCGCGCUGCGCACGAGAGAGGAGCUGCGCGUCGACCCAUUCAAAACGGGGUUCAGCCACCGCGCGCAGCCGCAGAGCAUCGACCUGAACGCGGUGCGGCUGUGCUUCCAAGUGUUCGUGACGGGAGAGCGCGGCAAAGUGCGCCUCGCGCUCGCACCCGUCGUCUCCGACGUCAUCUACGACAAGAAGGCCAUGAGCGACCUCCACAUCGCCCGCGUCUCGCACUGCACGGGACCCGCCGGCGGCCGCAUGACCAUGAUACUGCUCUGCGAGAAGGUGACGGGACAGGACACGGCCGUGGUGUUCUUCGAGAAGGAGAACGAGGAGGUGGUGUGGGAGGCGGCGGCCACCAACGUGCACGUGCACAAGCAGGCCGCCAUCGCCUUCGACAUACCCCCCUACCGCGACCCCGCGCCCCGCGACAACGUCAAGGUGUACCUGCAGCUGAAGCGGGUGACGGACAACGCGCGCAGCAACGCCGUCAACUUCGAGUACAUCGCGCCCCCAGGUACUGCGCGCAAGCCUCUCCCCGACCUCGCCCCCUACGCCGCACUGCUGCGUCACAAGUCCGACACCAACAACAACCGCCCCCCACCCCCACCCCCACUCGCACACGACACACACGCGCUACACCACACCGACACCACCGACAACACCGACACCGACCUCGACCCCGUCAGCUCCACCAGCGGCGACGUCGACCCCCAGCCCGACCCCCAACACAACGACCACUCCGCCGUGAACGGUGACAUCGCCGAUGUGGUCGACUCCCCCGAGAAGAGCCUCGACGACCUGCUGGACCAGGUGGCCGAGCUCGACGAGAUAUACUCCGAGAACAGAACGAGGCUCGAGACUGCCGGCACCGGCACCGCGCGAGACGCCGACACCGACCUCGAGGACUUCGAUGACGCCGGCACCUACACCAGUCUUCAGCUCGCCUUCCGCAACCCCCUGCCCAUCGCCGAGCCCCCCGCGCCCGAGCCCGACCCCCCGCCCUACGAGGACGUGCACGUGCAGACCUACCGCGGCCCCAUCAUAGAGUUCACGACCCUCAAGCGCGACACCGACGACGAGCGCGCGCCGCCGCUGCCCCCCAAGCGCGUGCGCAAGACCGCAGACUCCCUGCGCGCCAGUCAGACCUCCGUCGACAGCAUCCUACGACCCGGCCGUCGGCUGCCCCUCGCGCCCCCCGCACCCGCCGCACCCCCAGCCCGGCUAACGGUGGCGCACAGCGAGCCCGCGCUGCCCCCCGCGCCCAAGAAGCGCUCCUUCCUGUCGCGUCUGUUCCGGCGCAAGGAGAAGUCGCCCGCCCCCAGCGUGAAGUCCGCGGCGGAGGGGGGGCGCGGCAAGCCGGCCGGCCGCUCCGUCAGCAGCGUGUCGGGGCAGCGCCCGGCGCGCUUCCGCUCGGCCACGUCACACCACUCGCUGAGGGACAACGCGUCCGCCGGCGGGCUGAGCUACGCCGACAGCGUGACGCACAUCUCGCUGCACGCGGACCCCGACGAGGUGUCGCAGAGCUCGCUGCGGCGCUCGGGGCCGCUCCCCCCCGCGGACGGCACCAUCCUGGUGGCGGAGAGCGUGCUGGCGCUCGACGCCUCCGCCUUCCGCAAGCUGCGCGACGACCUCGACCUGACGGACGCGGAGCACUACGCGCUGUACAUGGCCGUCGCCCCACACGCCACCGCAUCCGAGUUCGACGACACCAGCUGCUACUACUCCCCGGUCGAUAUCUCCUCCUCCUCCAACUUGCACAACUAGAGCUACAUCCGACUUUGACUCUGACCCACCUCAAUCCGAGAUGAAGGCGUCAAUAGAAGAAUACGAAACAAACGACUCGAUCCACGAACAAAGUUUGUUGUCUCGCUCUCUGUUUACACCAAACAAUGUACACAGUAAACAACACAUACAACAAGUACAUUCACAGAAUAAAACUUUAUUAUAAGGGAUCAUAACCAUUUCAUACAAAACACAUUACAUUGGUGAAAUUUAAACUUCCAUCAAAUGUGAUUUAAAGUUGUAAUGUUUGUCUGUGUACUUAACGUAAUUCUUCCUAAGUCUAGCUCUUAUCAAAUUUCUAGUCUAAUUGCGAAUUUACAGCAAUUUGUACG